UUCAUAAUUAAAUUAAUUGGUAUGAAAACAUAGAAUGGUAUUAAACAUCCCACUUAUAAUUUUAUCUCACAAUUAUUAACAGUCUAUCUUGCAAAUUCAAAUAAAUUACCCAAACUUCAAAGUAAAAAAAUACUUACUCAGAUGUUCUCAUGAAGUCGCCCAUAAGUUUCUACAAAUUUCAAUUUAGUCCCAAUACAACACAGCUUUUCGACUUUUGACCUUUCCAGUUUCCGUGCCGCCGUUACCUUUGGUUGGUCCGCCACUCCAAAAUAGCAGCAACGUCGACAUGGAAGCUGUUGGUCACCAUCCCAAAUCUCCCUCCUCCCUUUUCUCUGAUUGUCUUUCUUUGUCCUUGUGAUUUCUGUGUGUCUGAGUAACAACUACAGUUACAACCCUGAUAAUGGCCUGCCCACCUCCCAAUUUCCUCCCAUUAUCACACAGAUAAAAGCACGUUCUUGAAAUAUGAUUUUCUUGGCCAACCUUACUUUGAGCUCCGCCCCGCCGCUCUUGUUUCAUAAGCCGUCGAGAACAACCCGCAAGAUUCAUUCUUGGCAUGUUAAUUCAGCCAUUUCAACUGCCCCUGUAUCCAAAAGGAGGUGUGAUUUGUAUGACUUGCACAAGGAGCUGGUUCCAUAUGCUGAGGCAUGGUCUUGGCAGAAGGCCAUUGUGAAGGAGAGAAGAGUAUUGAGUGAAAUUAACGAAGAUUUUGCUGACACUUUGAUUGUUUUACAACACCACCCUGUUUACACACUGGGCACUGGGAGUUCAGAAGAGUUCUUGAAUUUUGAUGUGAAUAGUGCUCCCUUUGAUUUGUAUCGAACUGAACGAGGUGGUGAAGUUACAUAUCAUGGCCCUGGUCAGCUAGUCAUGUACCCUAUUAUCAAUCUUCGGCAUCACAAGAUGGAUCUGCAUUGGUAUCUUAGAGCACUUGAAGAGGUAGUUAUUCGUGCUCUUGAAUCAACAUUUUCUAUUGAAGCUUCACGAGUUGAGGGCUUGACCGGUGUUUGGGUUGGUAACCAGAAAUUAGCAGCUAUUGGUGUAAAAGUAUCACAAUGGAUAACAUAUCAUGGCCUGGCAUUGAACGUGACCACAGACUUAACACCCUUUCAGCAGAUAGUACCCUGUGGGAUUAAGGAUCGUCAAGUUGGAAGCCUUAACGGGAUCAUAAAAGGAAGUUUUCCAUCUAAAGGUUGCAGAGAAGAAGAUAAUCAUCACGCUGAUAAUCACGAUUUGGUGGAUACUACUCAUAUAUCACUGCUCAGGGAGUUCUGUGAAGUUUUCCAAGUUGACCUUCAUCAUAAAUCUAUACAAAUAGGAGUUCCUUAUGAAAAAACCCCUUCACCUACCAUCCUGAAGAGCUAAUUAACACAAAUGACCCAAACAGAAUCAAGAGCUCGACGUGCAGAAAUACCUUUCACUUGCAACUUUGUUCUUCAUUUCACUGUUCACAGUGGUAAACACUAUUGAUUAACAUAUUCUUUGAAUUGUUAUCUGAACAUAUGUCCUUUUUGCAGUGGUAGGUCACUUGUAAGCUGAACCUUCUUGCACCGCAAGAUUUGACUAAGAUUUAUAUUUAUGGAAAAUGGUACUCAAAAUUCCUCAAUA